UCGCCACUGGCACACUUCGUUUUUGGUUCCAUACAGUCAAGGAACGUCUGCUCUCUAUGCUGCACUGACGAGCCAGAACAGGACGACACAGUUGCUGUCCGCAGGCACAAGCAUGUGUGGAAUUGCAGAUGGUGGAGCGCGCAUCUGCAAUGGUCACUGAUGCCUCGAUUCUCGUGUGCCUGUAGGCAGCUAGGCGUCCUGUUCGGAUAGGGUGACGCGAGGAGACAGAGCCAUUCAUUCCAACGCCCGUCCCCCAUGCGAAUGUGCUCGCUAGAUCAGAUGUCUCUGGUCCUGGGAUCUCGAAUAAGCGGAAUGCUGGCACCUUGGGCACUGUCAAUUUGAACUGGAUUCAGCAAUCAGGGUCAAUUUGAACUUGAUUCGGAUUAAUCCCCCGGUGGGAUUAGAAACAGACUCUAGAGCGCUACGCUGCCAAUCCAGAAUCAUUUCCAUGUUCUGGCUGAAUGGAAUGGAUGGCUGGCACACUCUCUCCCUGUUUCUUUCUGGUUGGACAAGUUAUCUCUAGAGGCUUAGGCGGGUAGGCAAGACCUAUGCGUCCAGGUCUACUGCAUAUUCUACUCGGCUGUGUCCUCUUUCUCCUAGACCCUGGUUCAGCGUUGGGCUUGUUCGAUAGCUUGGAUAGUGCGGGGGCUGCUGCGCCUACGGACAGCUUCAGGUUUGCCUUCCCUACAUCCUCACCCACCCGUGGGCUAGCUGAGGGCGCUACGAGUACGAGUGAACCCAGCAGCUACUAUACUUCGAGCAGCUAUGGCACACGGCCACCGAUCACAGCAAACAGCACAGGACAUCCUGCAUCACCUGCCUCUAAAGAAUCACCGUUAUCAAGCGUCGCAACGACAUCAAGUACUGUAUCCACUGAGCUAGCAUCUAGUCCCGCAUCCAGCCAUGCGCAAAAUCAAUCCACGGUCAGCUCCACGCAACUCCGAGAAACAGUUACCUCUACAAAUGGAGAGCCUACUCCCGCCACUGUUAUGAGUAGAUCUACGACGGCUAUUGUUGCGACUGCUAAGCGGCGGAAAGCACGCCGACGGAAGAAUUCGUGCGGAAGCGGGGACAAGUCAAGGCCAGCAUAUUACGGGAGUGCUUCAAUGUCAAGAAGUCGGGCCCACACGGCUGCCGUGCCACGGGCCAGCAGCGGAGCUGUCGUGUGGAACUUCCAACAACGUCUCCGUGGCCUAUUGCCCCUCUGCUGUACAGCCAUAACCCUGGAAGGCCACUGCCCCGGCGCACGGGUGGCUAUAGAUCCAUGCCAGUGUGCAUAGGGCGAGUAUGCAAUUCGAGGCGCAGUCGGACAUCCGAGCUGCCAAGGACCUCAGAGCCGUGCCAAUGCCUGGUCUGUUGUAAUGGCAAACUUGUCUGGCAACAGUUCCGUUGAUAUUUCACUUACUGCAGUGCAUUUUUAUAUUUUGGUUGAGAGCAGACCAUCGUAUGUUUGAAGGUGCAGGAAGGCACACUAUAACAUCCACUGAGUACUGGGAUCUUGAUGUUGUUUAUAUUAACCCAACGUUGAAGCACCCCUCCCCCCCCCCCUCGAAUGAUUUUACUUGUAUGCAGCCAUGAAGCCGUUGAGUGAGAACUUUUGACUUUUGUUUUGUUUUACAACCAUGUGAUAUUCACAGUCCUAAAGAAUCCAAGUGCCUUUUUCACAUGUUCUGCCGUAAUUUUCGCACCCCUCACAACAGAUUAUAAUAAUUAUAAUUAUGUUGGAAUAGCCUCACUUAGAUUGUUGUCUCCUAGAAACCGUUUCUUACACUGAGCAUUGACGUAUUCUAGCAAAGA